AUGGAACGCUCUAACAAACCCUCCGCUAUCCCAGUCUCUCCCACAAUACCUACCCCGCAGGUCUCCAUCUCAGAAGACAACUCUAGGGUCACUGCAAGCUUGCCCACCGGCGAGUCUGUCGAGGUCCUCCUCUUUGGCGCUACUGUCCUCUCGUGGAAGACUGCAAAAGGCAAGGAGAACUUGUUCGUCAGCUCCAAAGCCCACCUUGAUGGCUCAAAAGCUGUGAGGGGUGGUAUUCCUCUGGUCUUUCCUAACUUCGGUCCAUCUUCCAAUAAAGCAACUGAGGGUCUCCCUCAACAUGGCUUUGCUCGCACAAGCAAAUGGGAAUACCUUGGAAAAUCUUCUUCUGAAUCCUCAACACUUCCCAACAGCAGCGGAGACUCCUCAGUGAAACUGGACUUUGGACUUUCGAAUACCAUGUUGGACAAAAUCCCGUCGGAGUGGAAGGACUACCAAUUCGGUAUCACCUACUCAGUAACAUUGGGCAGGGAUGAUCUGGAGACCAGUCUUGCGAUAAGAAACACCGGAGAGAAAGACUUCGAGUUUCAGACGCUGUUACAUAGCUAUUGGGCAAUUGAUAACAUCUCGAAUGUUUCAGUCUCCGGGCUCGAAAAGGUCUCCUUCGCAGACAAAGUAGGCGGCGGAAACAAGGAAGAGUCAGGAGCCAUCACUGUCUCUUCUGAGGUCGAUCGCGUCUACCACGUGGACCCAUCUCAAGAGAUCGCCAUCAUUGAGAAGGAUAAGCCUCGGUUCGAGUUUACCCGGGAUAUGUUGCCUGAUGUUGUAGUGUGGAACCCAUGGAUCGAAAAAUCGAAGACGAUGUCGGACUUGGCGCCUGAGGAUGCAUACAAGAGAUUCAUAUGUGUGGAGACUGGAAGUGUCAGCUGGAACACCCUGGAGGCAGGAGAUACUUGGGAGGGCGGGCAGAGGAUCAAGGCUCUUUGA